AUGGCAGAAAGUGACUGGGAUACAGUGACCGUAUUGAGAAAGAAGGGACCAACUACUGCACAGUCCAAGUUGAAACAGUUUGUGUUAGCCUAUUUACCUCUCUAUCCUUAUCUCCCUCUCUCAGGUGCUGCAGGACAAAUGAUCACCAAGAAUACAGCCAAGCUUGACAGAGAGACUGAAGAGCUUCAUCACCAAAGAGUAUCGCUGGAUGUGGGCAAGAAAAUCAUUGAAAAACCACAGAUAAUCGGAGACUACGAAUCUGGAAAGGGUAUCCCCAAUAAACAAGUCAUGGGAAAGAUUGAAAGAGCAAUUGGACUAAAGUUGCGUGGGAAGGACAUUGGGAAAUCCUUGGAGGCAAUUCCAAAGAAAAAGUGA